ACUACGUUGAGUUGUCGUCCCGCAACCUUUUGUUGAGAAACAGAAAAAAAACUGAAAAUAGACUCUUGAAAUAUCGAUAAAAGUGCCCUCAAUUUUUGUUAUUAUCUGGUGUUUUGUGUUUCACGAUUGACGUCUGAAUAUUACACAUAUUCAAACGGCAUGUUUAAACCUCGAAGAGAGAAACAUCGUGUGUUGCUCGAGUAAAAGCAAAAGAAUAAAAGGAGUAUAAAAGCAACAGAAAAACACGAGUGCAAAAUGGACCAGGAAGUUUUAACGACUCUCAAGGUCCUAAUGAUCGGCGAAUCGAACGUUGGAAAAUCAAGCAUAUUAUUGAGAUUCACCGAAGAUGAAUUUUAUGACAAUAUGCAGAGCACCGUUGGUAUGGAUUACAAGACAAAACAAAUCACAAUCGAUGGCAAUUCUGUUAAAUUAGCUAUAUGGGAUACAGCUGGACAGGAACGUUUCAGAACUUUGACACCAAGUUACUACAGGGAUGGUCAGGGAGCAAUACUCGUUUAUGAUGUUACCGACAGGAACACAUUUGUCAAGCUGGAAACUUGGCUUGAAGAGUUGAACGCGUAUUGUAAUAAGAUGGACAUUGUCAAAAUGGUUGUCGGCAACAAAAUUGAUUUGCCCAACAGGGAAGUGAGCACAGACGAGGCACUACAGUUUGCGAGGAGACAUCAAACGCUGUACAUCGAGAGCAGCGCAAAAACUGCGGAUGGUGUGAAGUGUUGUUUUGAAGAAUUGGUUCAGAAGAUUCUACAAACUCCCGGUCUAUGGGACACGUAUUCGCCAAGACUGCAUGCAUUAGGGAACAACACAGGCGUCGGUGGGGCUAGAAAUCGCUUGGGCAAGCGAGGAAUCUUACUCACGGAUGAUUAUCAGCCACAAGAAGCUUAUUCCGCUUGCAGCUAUUGUUAGCUCUAUGAAAUUCGACAGCUUUAUCGAUAUUACCCAUUUUAACAAAACAAGCUCGAUUUGAAAGCGUUAAAAUAUUUCGUGAUUAUGACAUGAAAAAGUAAAACCGAUAAUACGAAACUGUAAAUAUAACGAGGACUCUUUGUAAUGAAUAAAUGAUUUUCUGUUAA